GCUCCUCAAGAAAGUCCUAGCGACGGCCAACCUGACCCUGAAACCGCCCAUAGUUCGAAUUCUGAUUUGCAAUAUUCGCCAAACUUGGAGAAUGCAAAACAAACUUCCCUUAGCGCCGCUCAUGUCGAUGGGAAUUGUCACUUCCCCUCUACAGACGAACAAACAGCAACAGAGGACAACAGAACACAGGCACAGAGUCACGAUUGGAUUGCCGGUGUCUAUCUCUGCGCAAAAGCUGCUGCCUUUGUUCUUCAGUUUGGCAGAGCAGCGCGAGUUAGCCGCUUUCGGCCUACACCUAUCCUCACGAUUACCAAACGCGACGUUCACCAUCAGGCCUGGGGGCCAUCUCACGUCGCUCAAAACUCAUCCGAGAGGCUGGACAGUAACAGCCUAAUCAAACCCGUGGAAUAUAGGAAGCUUAUACCGCGCAAACGACUGAUCAAUGUCCCGGACAGGAAAAUAUUGGUGGCUGUAUUCUUCUUGUGUUUGGCUACCAUUGGAUCAGGGGCUGCUUUAUUCCAAAUGUCGAUUUAUACCUCUACGGGAGAUGACAACAAUUCGCUCCCGAAACGAAUGCUAGACUCAGUUGUCGUAGCCAACAUACCACAGUUGCUUAUCACGUUGAGCUACUACGGCUAUAACAAUUUGAUGACCACCAUGCUCGCAGCAGCAGAGUACGAUUCCUACGGUGUCUCUUAUAAGUCACUCCGUGUCACUUGGCCUGAGAAGGAUAGUCAGCAGAAGUCGACGUACUGGCUCAGUAUACCAUACCAGUACGCCGUUCCAAUUUUAGUCCUCUGCGUGGCUCUCCACUGGCUGGUCUCCCAGAGCACUUUUUAUGUUUUGCGUAUUCCCUACACCCCACAAGGAGAAGCAGUUUGGAGUGACAGUAUUAGUUCGCUCGGAUUUUCUCCACUUCUCAUUUUUUGUGCGCUUCUUAUUGGCUCUUUCAUCAUUUGCCUCUUGAUCUUGCUGUCGCUGAAAAGAUUCAAGUCCAAUAUGCCACUGGCUGGAUCUUGUAGCGCAGUUAUUUGUGCUGCUUGUCACCCCCGAAAUAUGAGAGCCCGGAUUUUAUUGCCCUAG